AUGGAAGACUUUCAGUCGGAAACUGACAGUGACUACACGAGUUACUGGCGGGACUGGUUUAUUUCCUCGCGCGGUAAUGAAUACUUCUGUGAGAUCGAUGAGGAAUACAUCACGGACCGGUUCAACUUGACAGGACUCAACACCGAGGUGCACUACUACCAACAUGCACUGGACCUGAUCACAGACGUUUUCGACUUGGACUGCGACGACGACAUGCGCGAGACGAUCGAGAAAUCUGCCCGUCACUUGUACGGCCUGGUGCACGCGCGGUACAUUGUGACUACUCGCGGCCUCGCCAAGAUGGUGGACAAGUUCAAGAGGUCCGACUUUGGCCGGUGCCCGCGUGUUCUCUGCGACAGCCAUCCGCUGCUCCCGUUCGGACCGAGCGACAAUCCGGGCCAGAAGAGCGUCAAGCUGUUCUGCGCCAAGUGCGAGGACAUUUACAACCCAAAGUCGAGUCGGCAUGCAGCCAUUGACGGCGCGUACUUUGGCAGCUCGUUCCACAAUAUCUUGUUCCAGGUAUACCCGGCCCUCGUACCGGUCAAGUCGCGGCGCCGCUACGAGCCCAAGGUCUUUGGCUUCAGAGUCCACGCAGCAGCAGCCCUGGCUAGGUGGCAGGACAGCGAGAGACGGGACAUGCGCGCGAGGUUGAAGGAGGCCGGCGUUAUAAGCGACAGCGCGCAGCUGUUUAUCGAGGAUGCGGACAGCAGCGAUGGCGAAAGGGCCGAAGACGACGAGAACGAGAUCGGAGACCACGGUGAUCGGCGAAUGCAAAUAUCCGCCGAGCAAGACGGAGGGGUGGAACUGCAGCGGACUGUGGCUCCAACUCAGCCUUUGAAAUGA